CUGUACAAAUUGUAUUUGAAUAAUGGAGUAAGGUUUUACAGAACUGCAGAGAAUAUGCAUAUAUAUGUACGGUUGGUGAGAAAAUGAAUGAUGAGAUCUCUCAUCAUCUUCAGCCUUCUUGGAAUUUCUACAUAAUUUCCAUUGUCGUCUCAUAAGACGUUGGUUAAUUUUUUGGGAGUCUGGAACUGUCUCAUUCUCAGUAUGACUGCAGAGAAGGUCACAUGGAAAUGUAUCAUCCCAGUGUGUUGUUCCAAGGUUAGUGAUGAAGAUUGCACAAGACAAGUUCAAGAUAAGAAAACCCCUUUUCUGCAGAAAAGGAUGUCCAUGUUGGAUGUAAUUAGCGACCCCAGCUAUGUAGAUGAUCUCUCCAAUUCUUUUUCCGGCCUAAACCUUCAUGUGUUCUCACUCGCGGAGCUUAAAGUUGCGACGAACGGUUUUUCAUGGAGUAAUUUGCUUGGUGAAGGUGGCUUUGGACCAGUUUACAAGGGAUUUGUUGAUGACAACCUUAGGCCUGGGACAUUGAAGGCUCAGCCGGUAGCUGUCAAACUAUUAGACUUGGAUGGCUUUCAAGGCCAUAGUGAGUGGCUGGCAGAACUUGUCUUCCUUGGACAGCUGAGACAUCCCAAUAUUGUUAAGCUGAUCGGAUAUUGUUGUGAAGAGGAGCAUAGGCUUCUAGUAUACGAAUACAUAGUCAGAGGAAGCUUGGAAGAUCAACUCUUCAGAAGAUAUUCUGCUGCUCUUCCAUGGUCAACUAGAAUGAAAAUCGCAGUUGGAGCCGCUAAGGGCCUAGCCUUCCUCCAUGAAGAUCAUAGGCCUGUGAUAUUCAGAGAUUUCAAAACUUCAAAUGUUCUUGUAGAAUCUGAUUAUACAGCAAAACUUUCUGAUUUUGGGUUAGCAAAGGAUGGUCCAGAAGGAGAAGAAACACAUGUUGUAACACGUAUACUAGGGACUCAAGGGUAUGCAGCCCCUGAAUACAUAAGAACAGGUCACUUAACAACCAAGAGUGAUGUGUAUAGCUUUGGAGUAGUUCUACUAGAGCUGUUGACAGGUAAAAGGUCUGUGGAUAGAACUCGCCGGAGCCGCAAACAGUGCCUUGUAGAAUGGGCAAGGCCUCUGUUGAAGGAUCCGAGAAAGCUCAACCGCAUCAUAGACCCAAGACUGGAGGGACAGUAUUCCACCAAAGGGGCUAGCAAGGCAGCUACAUUGGCUUAUACUUGCUUGAGCAACAACCCCAAGUCCAGGCCAGUGAUGACCGAUGUGGUUAUGAUCUUGGAGUCUCUUCAGGACUUCAAUGAAGCUCUAACUUAUCAGCCAUUUGUUUAUGUCGCACCAAAUGAAGAGAAGGACUGCAAUGAUGAAAAGGAAAACUACCAUUGCAGAUACACCAUGAAAGAUAUUCUCAAGACAGAAGUGAUUUGAGUCAGUAUCUUACUCCUAUAUGUAAGUAUUCAUAUUUUCCAAACUAUAAAAUGGUGGAAAAGAAUGAAGUGUAUGAAUAUACGAUAAUGAAAUUGAUUAAGAUGCACUUGAAUGAGAGAACAGACCAAAAACCUAACGU